UUAUUUAAAAGUUAAUGUUGCGCAUUGGACUUUCCUUAAAUUGUUUUAAAUAACUUUUCAAAAUGUCAACAAACGGCAUUUUAUGUAAGGUGAGAAAGCUAAGUAAUAUUUUAAUUAUACAGCGCAGCUCUUGUGAAUGCCCACAAAAGCUUACAAAAACCCAAUGGGAUAUAACACAAGUUAUGGGCUGUAAUGGCAAGAAUCUAGUUGAAUAUGGUGUACUUGUGUUGAACCGCCCAAUUUUACAAAAACCUGAUUUCAUCAAAACAUUCUGGAAUAAUGCUAGUGUAAGAAUAACUGUUGAUGGUGGGACAUGUCAGUGGGAUAAAUUUUUAAAACUACUACCUGAAGAAGAGCAACAAUCUAUUCAGUUACCAGAUCUUGUUACCGGUGACUUUGAUUCAAUAACAGAUCAAAUAUUACAGAAAUAUAAAAAGAAAGGUUGUAAGAUCAUACAUACACCAGAUCAAGACCAUACAGAUUUUACAAAAGCUUUAAUGGAAUUAAAUAAAUACUGCACAGAACAUAAAACUGAGAUAAAACAUGCAGUAGCAAUAGCCCAAGCUUCCGGAAGGAUUGACCAGAUAUUAGGGAAUGUACAGACAUUGUAUCUUUCAAAACAUAAACAGUUGUUACCUUCAACUAAAGUUUAUAUAAUGUCUGAUGAUGCAGUAUCCUGGUUGUUGUUCCCCGGAGAACAUAUUAUAUUUAUACCGGAAGACACAAGGAAACAUAAGAGAUCUUGGUGUUCAUUGGUGCCGAUUGGAGAAAUCUGUGAUAGUGUAACAACAAGUGGCCUCAAGUGGAACUUAGAUAAUACAAGACUAAAGUUUGGUGAGCUAGUGAGUACUUCAAAUGCAUUCGAUGGAUCUGAAAAGGUUAUGGUUAAAUGCAGUCACACCAUCCUCUGGUCAAUGAAAAUGCCCGGCAUAUUAUGUUGACAAAUACAUUUUGAGUGCGUAGUGAAAUCGACUAGAUGAAUUGUUUUUUU